AUGAGUUGCAUCAACCAGCUGUGUUGUUGUUGCGGUAAACGGGGUAGUGAAACCCCAGCCGAAGUGAAUAAAAAAAAUAUGUCUCCUGAGAAUUCACACCAAAAGGACGAGGAUUCAGAUGGAUGUACCGACCCAAAAUUGGACGUCAAAUGUGAAUUGGCUGUGGUGGAGCCGAUUGACUUGGAGAGUGAAGAGGAGAGGAGAAAGGAGACAGAAGAGCGGAACGAGGAGACAGAGGAGCUUGAUUAUGCGUCAAAAGAGGACACAGAUGGGAUGAAUGACUACGUGGUUGUGCAAGGCUGGUCCGUCGUGGAGGGCAAAGAGGAGCCAAUUUUGGUGCAAGCUCGAGUCCCAAACAAAAGCAUACUUCGAGGCUCGUCCAGCCUUGACGCUCUAUCAAGCAUGGAGCCGCGAGCGGCUGAUGGGCAUGACCGGUGGAUGACCGAGACGGUCCAAACAGGCUCGACGGACGAGGAGGACUGGACGAUGACUCAUUCGGCCGCGGGAUGUCGUCAACAAAAGCGAAACUCUUUGAGCGAACCCCCAAAGGGUCAACGAAGGGUCAGCUAUCGUGACAGCUACGAAGUGGCCGAUGUAAACGCAUUGGACAGACGUAUUCUCGCUCGAUCACUGCUCAUCGCCAAGGUCAACGAAAUGCAACAGUCACUGCCUGAAUUGCCUCAAUGCCUUUCAGACAAACAAGGAGUCGUCGGCACGACAGAGGCUUCUGCUUUAGCCAAGCUGACCGGGCCGACUGGGUCGUCGAGUACGCAUACUCCGUCAAGCGUUGACGAAGAUGGGGUGAUCAUUAUAAUCGAAACCAAAUCCAGCCAAAAAGGAACCGAGUGA